AAGCGCUUGGGACGAAGGGAGGGGGCAGGCGCUCUGUGUGUGCACCUGGUUGCCAUCUCCCCUUCGCCACUCGUUGUCUAAACAAGCCUGCCGCUGAGGCCCUCAUGGAGGAGGCCGAAGCAAAGGAGCAGCAUCUGCUGUCGCCUGGAUCUGCCAUUGUGUCUCUAAGCGGAAGGAGACUCCCCACUUCCCUUUGGGGAAGAUGGGGAAUUGCCUGAAAUCCCCCACCUCGGAUGACAUUUCCCUGCUUCACGAGUCCCAGUCGGACAGGGCCAGCUAUGGGGAUGGGACUGAGCCGGAUCAGGAACCGCCGCCGCCAUAUCAGGAACAGGUUCCAGUUCCAGUUUACCAUCCAACUCCUAGCCAGACCCGCCUAGCAACACAGCUUACAGAAGAGGAACAAAUUAGGAUAGCGCAACGGAUAGGCCUUAUACAACACCUGCCGAAAGGAGUCUAUGAUCCUGGUAGAGAUGGCUCUGAGAAAAAGAUCAGAGAAUGUGUGAUCUGUAUGAUGGACUUUGUUUACGGGGACCCUAUCAGAUUCCUGCCAUGCAUGCAUAUUUAUCACCUGGACUGUAUAGAUGACUGGCUGAUGAGAUCAUUCACAUGUCCUUCCUGCAUGGAGCCAGUGGAUGCAGCACUGUUGUCAUCCUACGAGACUAACUGAGCCAGAGUCUCUCUCCUGAUCUGUCAAGAAUACCAUCUACUUUAAUGGGUUUGAUCCUUUGUCAUUCUACCCAAAGAACACAAGAUCAUGCACAAAAAAAGCUCAGUUCCUAACACUUUAAAAGAAAGCUGCAGGUAUUGAAAGGGGAAGGGGAAAAAACAAGUUUUAGAAAAUACAGAAAAAGUAGGAAAUUAUUUUUAUGUAAAGUCUUGAUCCAGUGCUUAAAAUAGUUGUUUCUUAAGAAAGGCUAGUUAGCAAACCCAUCCACAGGAACUGUGUGAAGAGUAACAGCAGAUGUUAAAAGAUUCAGUUGUAUGAACUCAUUCCUCUGAGAAAUUUUCCUGCUCAGGCAUCACUGAAAGGAAUGACAAGAACACUGGUGUGAAUGAGAAAGGGAGCGUGUGUAGGAGCACAUGUGACAGAAAGAUCAUAGAGAAAGAGAGGCCAGAGUAUUCCUCCACUUAAAGGAAAUAACAGUUUUUUGUUCAGAUAGCUUCACAAGUUCCUGGUAUUUGGGUCAAUGCUCUAUUUUAAAUAACAGGCUACAUUUUAUAACAC